CGCCUCGCAGACUGACCGGGACCGAGGGGGAUAAAAAAACAGCUGGGGAGGGAGGUGGAAUCCUGGCUGGGGAUUUUUUAUUCUAAAUUUAAAAAUGAGUUGAAAAACCUGAAAGGCAAAAGUCACACACACAAGGCUAAAAUCGGUCAGCAUACACUCAGACGUGCAGAGACAAGCGGAUGCAGACAGACACAGACAGUCUGUCUCAUGCUCUCACACAUACUCACACACUCUUCAGUUUACACACUCACUGCAGUCCUUACUUGAGACACUGAAGAACGUGCUUCAACACAUCUUCUGGCUGCUGCUCCUUGAUGUCAAAUGGUAGAUUCCAGGAAAUUCGGUAUCCUUGGGGACCUGUGAGACAGGAGGCAGUCAGCAAGUGGCUAUCUGACAGCUAGGACUUGUCCCCACUCUGGGCCCAUAAAUUUUCUACCCAAAAUCCCAUAGAAGACAGAUGAACAGUAAAGUUUUUAUAUCUGUUCUACCUAACUGUGACUACGUGCCAGGGCAGGGCAGCUCCGCUCAUAAGUGGCACAAUGUAAGUACCACAAUAUAAGCCAACACAGGUACAUAUAGUAUAAGCACACACUGUAAGCCAACAUAAUUACAUGCAAUAUAAGUACAUAAAAUAUAAGCCAACAUAAUUACAUGCAAUAUAAGCCAAUAUAGGUACAUACAAUAUAAGCCAACAUUUGAGGAAAUAACAUAAAAAAUAAGGGGUACCCAUUGCAAGCAUAUGUAUAAGCUGUCUUUAUUUAAAAAUCCACUUUAAUGGACAUUUUGUGGAACCACUCUGAGGGCAAGGUCCAAAAAGCUUCGUUAACCCCUUGUCUUCCACUGGUCGGGCAGCAUCUGACCCCAAUGCUCAAGGGCUGCAUGGAGAUUCCUCCCUGGAGUGGGCUCACCCCUUGAGGAUGAGCCACAAAGAUUUGAUUGUUGGACGGGGUGAGUAACUAUUUCUACUUAGCAAUUGUUUUUGCUGGCUUUAAUGCCAUGGCUGCAGUGUUCCUUCAGAUGUCGUGCCCUGCUCCAGCAGUUACAGCUCCUGUGCUGGGCAGGGAAUGCUUCUGGGGAAGGGCUUUCAGUGUCAUUAGUUCCCAUUUAAAUCAAUCAAGCUAUAUCUAAGUGCUGGUGGCCAAAGGUUUUACCACUUGCCUCUGAUUCAUCCGGCGUUGGCCGGAGGUUUGUGGGAGCCAGUGGAUUGUUCUACUCCUCAUUAUUUCCCAAACAGAAUUUGGCUAAGUAGAAGAGGCACAGAUGAUGCCUGCAAUUUUGUGACAUGAAGAAACAGCCUGUCACUGGAGAGUCCCAGACCUUUGCUUCCUCAGCCUCUGCAGGUCUGGCACAUGGAAAGCCCAGAGGCACUGAAGUAUCCCGCUCAAGCAGCCAAAUGUUAACAACCUCUCCAAAGCCUAAUUUCCCUUUGAUAUAGACUUAAUUGUUUGCGUCACCUGCUGGGCUGGGGGAGGGCUAUAAAAUGGCUUGCAACAAUUGUCUGAGGCAGAAGAGAGUCCAGGAACAGCUCCCUCUACCAGUGUUCCUAUCUCAGCACUGGUGACAACCUGAGCAUCAUGCAGCUGGUGGCCAGCCUGCUGUCUGUGCUGCUGCUGGUGUGGAGUGUGAGAGCCACGACGCUGCCCGGGGAAGAGAGACUGCAGAGCACCAGGGAACGGAGUACAGUCCACAAGGACGUCAUUCUGAAGAUGCUGGCAGGGCUGCUGGACGGCGUGGAUGUGGGCAGUGAGGCAGCCUUCCCGGGUGUGCAGGAGGAGGGCAAGCUGGAGGAGGACGGGGCAGCGCUGGGGCGGCUUGCGCAGCUCCCGCAGCGAGACCGCAAGGCGCCCUGCAAGAAUUUCUUCUGGAAAACCUUCACCUCCUGCUAGUGCUGCCCAGCCUGGCCCUGCCAGCCUGCAAACACCUUCCCACAACUCAUCUUCCUCGUCCACCUAGCUCCUUCUCUGUGCCCUGCACCCCUCAGAAUAAAGCAUAGCG